CUCAAUUGCAUGAGUGCACAUGUAAUAGUUUGUUCAAUUUAUAUAUAUUUCUUUUUAUAAAUUAGUGCAUAGACACUUUUUACUUUAAACUUUCACUCAAGUUUAAAUUGGAUUCUCACCGGCGGUUCGGUUCAGGCAUUCCGGCGAAGUAGAGAGGAGAUGAAGGGUUAAAGAAACUAUGAGUGUAUUUGGAGGAGAUAGCUGGGCGAGGGAAGCGCAAUGUAGGAAGAGAAGAGUCGAUGAAUUGAUGGUUGAUAACAUCGCUUCUUCUGCUUAUAAGAAGCUCUCCAGCGGUAAAUUCGUCUGCCUCGUUUGCCCUCACCGUCCGAUCCUCGACACACCCCUCAUGCUCUCUGUACAUGUCAGAGGUUCAAGCCAUCGAGCAACAGAGUUAAGGCUUAGAGAAAGAGAAUUAGGGAGGCAAUGUGAGAUAAACAAGAGAAUAGCCUUGUCAGAAUGUGAUAGUGCCACCUCGAAAACCUUGACAUCCAGCCAGUUAUGUAGAUCAGCAAGCAAACCAUUGAUUGAACGCACAAGGAAAGCUGCUUCUGAUGUACUUCAUCAAAAUUUGGCACAAAGUACUGCUUCUCAAGUGGAUGAGAUCAAAUGUACCGAGGGGGAUACUACAAGUAUUCUAGCUAAUCGAAGAAAUAGUCUAUGUGUUCAGACAGGAGUCACAACAACUCAAAUUAUCAUGUCUCAGACAUAUAACCGGGAACGACGAGAGAGGGAGCUUAAGUUCACAUCUGCUGGCUGGAAGCGUGAUGGCCAUGGGAGGUGGUUUAAGGAUGAAAAUGUAGAGUUUGAUUCAGAUGAAGAAGAUCCUAAUCUCUGUCUUCCAUGACUAUUGAUUGAAAACAAGUAUGAUUUAAUACUUGAUCUUUUUCCUUUUCAUGUACUUGAAUGGAUGCCAAAAACUAACUCUGCUACAUGUGUUCAUCACUAUGUAUCACUUUCCUUGGAGGGAGUUGAAUACUAGUUCCGCUCAAGUUCAAGAAUAUCCAGAUGUAUUCCAAUGUCUGAAUGUCCAUGUAAUUCAUGGUUAUGAUUCUUGUUCACACUACAAGUUAUCAAUAAACAUGAGAAAGUCUCAAUGGUUUUGUUUGGACAAGAUUUCAAUUCAACAGGUGUGCAUCUCUGAAUAUGAUGCUUUGAGUUCUGUUGGAUAUGAAUGGUGAACAUGAUGCUUUAAAUGAGAUAGGUUUGAGCACUUGAGUGCUUGAAUACUGGUGGAGCAACUCAGGUGACGAUGGUUGAGGGUCUCUCUACUAAAGUGUGAGACGAUCGGGAAGUGAAUUACUUGGCCUUUAUUCUUGCCAUGUACUCUUUGUCUUUCCUCGCAAUAACCAUCCAGUGGUAUGGGUGGAAAAUCUCCGGCACAAGCCUUCCUUCCUAUUAUCUCAUGCCCAGGUCAAGGGAAGUCUGCUAUGGCCUCAUUUUAUUUCAGUUAUUGUCUGUUUUAGGUACAAAUUUUAAGCAUUUAAAUCUCAAUCAUUUAAGUAUUUUAUUUUUAUUUUGCAACGAUUUAACGAGUUUGAGUAAAUAUAAAUGGUUAAGAUUUAUGACAAAAAUCUGAUAUCACUUAAA